AUGACUACCGCCGUCGCUGCGCCGCCCGUCACCGCGCCGCUUGCGCCGCCCUCGAUCGAGCAGCCCACCGCCCACUCAUCGAGAUACGCCCCAAUCGCUCCCUCCAACGGAGCAACUCCCUCGGCCAAGUCGUCGAGGUCGUCGCCCAACCACGGCUCCCCCACCUCUAGCAAUGGUUCCGCACACAGGCAAAUGCCCGAGAGCAAGCGCUCUCCCACUUCGACAAGAAACUCGCACGCACCCAAGAUCGUCGUAAAGAAAGAGCCCACGUCGCCGGAGAUGCCCACGGCCUCGCGGCAUCGCCCUCGCCGCCUCGAUCUGUCCAACAACAACAUGUACGCCGGCUCGGGCGCCCUCAGCGCGCGGCCCUCGGGCUCCCUCACCGCCAAGGACAGCGCCGGCCUCGGCAUGCAGGACGUCGGCCUGGCGUGCCUGUCGCCCGGCUUCCACACCCAGGACCCCACGAUGCGCGAGCAGCUGCAGAGGAGCAUCGACGUGCGGGACAGACAGAGGCAGAUCAUCGAGGCCCGCCAGAAGGGCGGCAAGCCCACCAACAUCACCCUCGACAACGUCGACAGCGUCAGGCACGUCGACGUGACCGUGAACCCGUUCCGCAACGCCAAGGGCCCCGCUACGUCGAGAAGGAAGGGCCCGCCCCCGGGUCUCUCGAUCGCCCCUCCCUCGGCCCAGCAAUUCGCCAACGAGCGCGUCAUCCAAUCCGCUCCCCUCAACCAGUCCUUCACCGGCAUGCGCGGCUCACAAUUCCAGAACCUCUCCCGCCAAGUCGCAAACCAGCCCUCGAACCUCUCGCAGAGCUCGCACAUCCACCACGUCCCGGCCAACCAGACCAACAACCGCCUUCCCCCCAUCUCGGACGUCUUUGCCGGCGAGUCGCUCGCCGCGCCUCCCCGCGAGCCCCAGCGCACCAACACCAGCCCCGGCCACUCUUCUCACUCCAACCAGCAGCAGCCUCUUCCCUCUCCCAGCUUCCCUCCCAGCGCACCGCCCCAGCAGACCUUUGCCGCCAGGCCCCGCGAGUACAAGUCGGCCGAGGAGGCCGUCCAGUCAAUGUCUGGCGGUCGCGAAGACCUGCUUCCCCGCAUCGUCCACUACGGCGGCCACCAGCCCCCCACGCCGCCUUCGCCCAUGCCGCCUCGGGACCACAAGGGCCAGACGCUGCAGGCUGGCAUCAACCCGGAGCUCCGCAGCGGCAGCUCCCGCCGCCGGACACGCGAAGAGUACGAGCGUGACAUGGGCACGCCGCCGCUCGGUCGCCAGGAGGCCAAGCGGAGCGGUCCCUUUGGCGAGGGCCGCGACAGCCCGGAGACGCAGCGGAGAAAGAAGGAAGAGUUCAUUGCGCUGUGCGCGCGGGCCUGGGACCUCUUCCACUCGUAA